UUGUAUGGAAUCUAAAAAGCCCCAGAUUAUUAAAGAAAAGCGCCUUACACAGUUAAGGGUAAAGCAAACUGCAUGCGAGAUGUGGAGCUUACUACGACUUUUUCCAUUGAUGAUAGGUGCUGGUGUUGAUGAAGAUUAUGAAAUGUGUAAGUUGUUGAUUGAUUUUACUGAUAUUGUAAAGAGAUUGUGUGCUCCAAAAUUUACUGAAGAUCAUCUUAAGAUUUUAGAACAUUUAAUUACAAAUUUUUUAAAGAAUUAUUGUUGUUUAUUUCCUGAGAUAGCAUUGAAACCUACGGCACAUUUCAUUACACACUAUCCUGCAAACAUUUGGGAAUUUGGGCCGCUCAUAAAGACUCUUCGUUUUGAAUCCAAACACAGCUAUUUUAAAAAUUCAAUCACAAAUACAAGGAAUUAUAUGAAUGUAUGUAAGUCUAUGGCUAUUCAUCAUCAAAUGCUUAUGUAUUUGUACAACAAGGAAGACUCAUACUUUUCAUCUCAUGACAUAAUGCCGGUUGGUUGUAAAGAAAAAUCAAUAAAUGAAAUUCCAGAACUGUAUAAAGAUUUCUUAAGUCCAAUUAUACCACAUGCUGCACAUAGUCUUCUCGAAGCACAGGGUGUAACAUACAAUGGAAAUAAAUUUUAUUCAAGUGGUGUUGUGGUUGUUUUUGUUGAUGAUAAAAAUCUUGAAAUGGGUGAAAUAAUUAGUGUUUAUCAUCAAUGA